GAGAGAGAGAGAGAGAGAGAGAGACUGACUGGGUGUUGUAGAUGUGAUGUUUUUAUGUUUACACGAAUUCUUAGAAACGUCAAAUCCUAAAUAAACUGACUUUACAUAAACUUUAACUUAUAGAACAGACUGUAUAUAUCAACCUGUGCUGAGGCUCCUCUUCAGUAGAUGGCGCUGCAGACAGACAGACAGCUGAACUGAGGGGCUGAGAGAGAGAGAGACAGGGCACAGAGCAACAUGGCGAUAGGGAGAGCAGGCAGACAUUCCAGUGUUCUCUCUUCUGUUCUCCUCCAAAUCCUGCUCUACCUUUCUUCAAUAUAUGGCUUAUUCUACUUCAUUUCCAGCCUUUGCCUAAUCAUAUACAAAAGCCAGGUGCUGAGUUACCCUGACAGUGAUUUGGCUCUGGAUGUAUGUUUACUCCUACUUAUGGCUGGCCUGGAUGUCAUCAGACUAUAUUGGGGAGUAAGAGGAAACCUGCUGGAGAGUGAGAAGUAUAUAAGUGCCAACCUAUUCAGCACAGGAGCCACAGUGCUGCUGGCAGUGUAUUUCCUGGUUUGGCAGUCGUAUGUGCUGAGAGCUGAUGUGAUCAUUAACAGCAUCCUGCUCUGUCUCUAUGGCCUCGCUGGAGUAGUCGGCUUUGGAGCCCUUGCACGCUUCAACAGAGCAUACUCAUGACUGAACGGGUGGGUUUAUUCCUGUGGUAUUUAUCCUUGGCUGCAGAUGCCCCCGACUUAUUCAUGACUGGACUGCUGCACAUCCUCUAACUUACCAACCAGCAUCAGCCUAAAGCAGGAGGAAGUGUCUGAAGAGAUCAGUUGCUAUGCAAUGAACUAUUUGUUGUUUUCAGUAUAGUUAGCUGAUUUCAGCUGUUCAGUGGUUUGUUGUGGGGGUUAUAGAUGGAGAAUAUUUUUUAUUUCUUAUAUUGGUGUGGUUGUUUUUCCAACUUUUCUACAAAUGUGGCAAAAGAUGGAGGACUCAGUUUAGAAACUGAAGAAAAGCUGUAAUUGUGAUUUUCAUUUGAUAUAAAUCAGUUAUUUCAGAGCUGUUGGUUGUUAACCCCUGACGGGAGUGAAGGGUGUAACUCCGACGAAACGGGGGUUCGGCUCAGACAAUAACCCGGAGAAUACAUGGUGUAUGAAGUCUGUAGCAACUUGCAAAAACCAAGAAGCAUUUUGCAGAACCAAAGUUCACAGGCGAGUUGCUGGAAAAUUACACUGUACACCAUCACUAUUAGCAACUUGCAACUGAUUUAGCCUACCAUGCUAAGUGUAGCUAUAAGUGUAUGUGCUGAGUAGAAGUGGCACACACAGGUUCUUGAGGCCCCACCUACGUAUUAUAAAUAAGGAUAGUGGGUGGUGGAUCGAACGAGGACAGUGUGUCAGCAGCGCUGUGUGCUCGUUAUGGGAUAUAUUUGUGAAAACAUUCUAACAUGCUAAUACAGUUAAUGGCAUUCUCCAGGCAUUCUGAUAACCACAUUUCAACAAAUUCACACAUUUUCUUUUUUUUUUACUUUAUUAUUUUCAGUUUGGAGCCCAAUGUUAACUUGUAUAACCAUACGUAAAAGUGUAAUACAACAUCUGGCAAUAUUUGAGUUCCAUUGUUAUAAUAAAGUUACUAAAGUUGAAUCUA